UUCCUACUCUGCGCGACCGGACAUUGUUUCAGAAUUUCUUUUGCUAAUUCUCAGACAGCCCACCACUGGGAGCUGGUGAAACUGGUGGACUUGAAGUACAUUUCGUCUGCUCGGAUUGUGAACGGUGUAGUCUACUUCUGUGAAAGUCUUUAUAGAUUCUUUGACAGAUCUCUGAUGGCUGUUCCAGUAGAGGAAGCCAUUGCUGCAUUAUCCACUUUUUCGUUGGAGGAUGAUCAACCAGAAAUUCAGGGACCUGGGUUUUGGGUGUCAACUGAACGAGGUGCAACUAAUAGUCCAAUUGAAUACAACGAUGUUUCUGCCUAUCGAUUAUCUUUGUCUGAGGACACAAAAGCCAUAAAUCAGCUGAAUUUGCUUAUACGAGAGGGCAAGGAAAUGGGUUCGGUGCUCUAUACCUACCGGAGUUGCGUAAAAGCACUGCCUCAGCUUCCAGAUUCCAUGAAGCAAAGUCAAGCUGAUUUGUAUCUAGAAACUUACCAAGUUUUAGAUUUAGAGAUGAGCCGUUUGCGUGAAAUUCAGCGUUGGCAAGCAUCAGCUGCGUCGAAACUAGCAGCUGAUAUGCAACGUUUUUCUAGGCCUGAGAGACGCAUCAAUGGUCCUACUAUAACACAUCUCUGGUCUAUGCUGAAGUUACUAGAUGUACUCGUCCAACUUGAUCAUCUAAAGAAUGCAAAGGCCAGCAUUCCUAAUGAUUUUUCUUGGUACAAGAGGACAUUUACACAAGUCAGCGUGCAGUGGCAAGAUACUGAUUCCAUGAGGGAAGAGCUAGAUGAUUUACAGAUCUUUUUGAGCACAAGGUGGGCAAUUUUGUUGAAUUUGCACGUUGAGAUGUUCCGUGUCAAUAACGUUGAAGACAUUCUCCAAGUUCUCAUAGUUUUUGCUGUUGAGUCGCUGGAGUUAAACUUUGCUCUUCUAUUUCCAGAGCGCCAUAUUCUUCUUCGCAUUUUGCCUGUUCUUGUUGUCUUGGCAGCUUCAUCAGAGAAAGAUAGUGAGUCCCUGUACAAGAGAGUGAAAAUCAACAGAUUGAUCAAUAUAUUUAAGAACGAUCCAGUCAUCCCAGCAUUUCCAGAUCUUCAUCUUUCUCCUGCAGCAAUACUAAAAGAGUUAUCGACAUACUUUCCAAAAUUUUCUGCUCAAACUCGUCUUCUUACUCUUCCUUCACCUCAUGAGCUUCCACCUCGUGAGGCACAAGAUUAUCAGCGUCACUUUUUGAUCAUCAACCAUAUUGGGGCAAUUCGUGCUGAACAUGAUGACUUCUCCAUUCGCUUUGCUUCUGCCUUGAAUCAGCUUGUGUUAUUGAGGUCAAUGGAUGGUGCAGAUAUGGAGUGGGCAAAGGAAGUCAAAGGAAAUAUCUAUGAUAUGGUCGUUGAAGGUUUUCAACUCUUAAGUAGAUGGACAGCACGUAUAUGGGAGCAGUGUGCAUGGAAAUUUUCCCGGCCAUGCAAAGAUCCUGUCUCCACAGAAUCACAUGAGACAGCAGCAUCCUUUUCUGACUACGAGAAGGUGGUACGGUUUAAUUAUAGUGCAGAUGAAAGGAAAGCUCUGGUUGAACUUGUGAGCUACAUAAAAGGAAUUGGGUCAUUAAUGCAGAAGUCUGAUACAUUGGUGGCGGACGCCUUGUGGGAAACUGUUCAUGCAGAGGUUCAAGAUUUCGUGCAAAAUACACUUGCCACUAUGCUGCGAACUACCUUCCGGAAGAAGAAAGACCUUUCUAGGAUUCUUUCUGAUAUGAGAACACUUUCAGCUGACUGGAUGGCAAAUACAAGCAAACCUGAUUCUGAAAUGCAAGCAUUCCAGCAUGGAGGUGAAGAAAGUAGAGGGAGCUAUUUUUAUCCAAGACCAGUGGCACCAACAGCGGCACAGGUCCAUUGCUUACAAUUCUUGAUAUAUGAGGUGGUAUCAGGUGGCAACAUGAGGAAGCCUGGUGGCCUUUUUGGCAAUGCUGGUUCUGAAAUUCCAGUCAAUGAUUUAAAACAGCUGGAAACCUUCUUCUACAAGCUCGGUUUUUUCUUACACAUAUUAGACUAUACAGCAACAAUUGCAAAUUUGACAGAUGUUGGUUUCUUGUGGUUCAGGGAAUUUUAUUUGGAAUCUUCUCGCGUUAUCCAGUUUCCUAUUGAGUGCUCCCUUCCAUGGAUGCUGGUGGAUCAUGUGAUAGAAUCUCAAAAUGCAGGUCUUCUUGAGAGUAUCUUGAUGCCCUUUGACAUCUAUAAUGAUGCUGCUCAACAGGCACUGGUGGUCCUCAAGCAACGAUUCCUUUAUGAUGAAAUUGAAGCUGAGGUUGAUAAUUGCUUUGACAUAUUUAUAUCAAAAUUGUGUGACACCAUCUUCACAUACUACAAGAGUUGGGCAGCUAGUGAACUGCUGGAUCCAUCAUUCCUCUUCGCUUUAGACAUUGGUGAGAAAUUUUCAAUCCAACCGAUGAGAUUCACUUCACUGUUGAAAAUGACCAGAGUGAAGUUGCUUGGAAGGACUAUAAACUUGAGAAGUUUGAUCUCCGAGAGGAUAAAUAAAGUAUGCAGGGAGAACAUUGAAUUUUUGUUUGAUCGAUUCGAGUCUCAGGAUCUAUGUGCCAUUGUGGAAUUGGAAAAGCUCCUUGAAAUCUUGAGACUUGCUCAUGAAUUACUUUCCAAAGAUCUGACACUUGAUUCAUUUAGUCUCAUGUUGACUGAGAUGCAAGAGAAUGUAUCUCUGGUUUCAUAUUCUAGCAGACUUGCUUCUCAGAUUUGGACGGAGAUGCAAAAUGACUUCUUACCAAACUUUAUCCUAUGUAAUACAACUCAGCGCUUCGUCAGAUCAUCGAGAGUGCCUCCUGUACCUGUUCAGAAGCCGUCACUUCCGCAAGCAAAGCCAAGCUUCUAUUGUGGUACUCAAGACCUGAAUUCUGCAUAUCAGAGUUUUGCCCGGUUACACAGUGCAUUCUUUGGAAUGCCUCAUAUGUAUUCCAUUGUCAGACUUCUGGGAUCCAGAUCAUUACCAUGGCUCAUUCGAGCGCUGUUAGACCAUUUAUCCAAUAAGAUUACAAUCCUUGAACCAAUGAUCAGCACACUGCAAGAAGCUUUGCCCAAAUCUAUAGGAUUGCUUCCUUUUGAUGGUGGUGUGGCAGGUUGUAUAAAGAUCGUCCAAGACUACCUUAAUUGCUGGCGGUCAAAAUCAGAACUGAAGAUUGAGGCUCUCCGCGGAAUAAAGGAAAUUGGAAGUGUCUUAUAUUGGAUGAGUCUGCUUGAUAUUGUUCUGAGAGAAAUAGAUACUAGCCAAUUCAUGCAAACUGCACCGUGGCUGGGGCUAGUUCCAGGUGUAGACGGACAAGUUGUGCAAUUCCAUGAUGGUGAAGAUAGCCCUAUCAUUAGUCUAUUCAAAUCUGUAGCAGCUGCAAGUAUUUCAAAUCCUAGCUUCUCAAAUCCAUCAUCCUUCCGAGUUCUGUCAAGGCAGGCAGAAGCUGCUGAUCUGCUAUACAAAUCGAACAUCAAUGCUGGAAGUGUACUGGAAUAUUCACUUGCUUUUAUGAGUGCGGCUUUAGACAAGUAUUGUAAUAAGUGGAGCAUUGUUCCCAAGACAGGAUUUGUGGACAUUACAACUUCCAAGGACUUCUAUCGUAUAUACAGCGGCCUCCAAAUGGAGUACCUAGAGGAAUCGGUCCAGGUACAACCAAGCAAUCAUGGAAUGUUGGGUGAUUCAGUUGCUUGGGGUGGCUGUACGAUCAUAUACUUGCUUGGCCAACAACUGCAUUUUGAACUUUUUGACUUCUCCCAUCAAGUCCUCAAUGUUGCAGAGGUUGAGGUUGCAGCAAUCACACCAGCCCAUAAGAAUCCUCACUUUGUCCAGGGUUUGGAAGGCGUACUCGAAGCUAUGAAGAAGGCUAGGAGGCUAAACAAUCAUGUCUUUUCAAUGUUGAAAGCGCGGUGCCCAUUGGAGGACAAGCAAGCUUGUGCAAUCAAGCAAAGCGGUGCUCCACUCCACCGAAUAAAGUUUGAGAAUACAGUCUCUGCCUUUGAGACAUUGCCACAGAAAGGUGCCUGAGGAAAUCAGAUGCUCAAAGUGCAAAUUGCUGUCUUGUUAAUCUUUGUAUAUCUGUAUUUUGUUGAUGUCUUGGUAGUUUCUGUCCCCUUAUUUUCAAACUGUGAAUGUACUGUAACAUUAGCUUGGACUUGGACAAUCAUUUGAGGCUAAAAAUAGAGGUUGCAUCAAUGCAAGUACAUGAGAUAUUGAGUUCAUAUCUA